GGUAAGGGCAUCCUGGAAGAUGAGCUUCGGUGGGCCGGCUCUGGCAGAACUCUGGGGGUCCCAAGAGCUUUCGGGUAUGCAAAAGAGGAAGGAGUGAUUGGUCUCGACUCAAGUACAUCCCUCCCACCCGCCAUGGUCAAGAGCCAGGGUGCACAGCGCCCUAGUCUCCACUGGAGGGACGCAAAUAAAAAGAGGAUGUCAGGAGAGGAAAAGAACUACAAUUCCCAGCAUGCAGUGCGCAGUGUGGCUCCGGGAGAGGCCGGCUGCGCGCUUGAGCUGGCUCUCAGCCCGGAAUCUGGGCCGACAGCUGCGGGCUGACAAGGUGAGCAUCUGGCGUAGGAUGUGAGAGAGCACUGAUGUGUGUUCUGGCGACUCGGGCGUGUCGGGAAGACGAGUCUCUAAUAGCCAGCUCGCCCACCCUAGAGGUGUCCACACACUGGAUCACACAUCCGGAUGUGACGAUACGGCGGAGGAGGAAGGGAGAGGCGGAGCAUCGAGGUGACGUCCUCCCAAGAUGGCGGAGAGAGAGUGAAGAAACUGUUUCCCUUGGGCGGCUACCGAUCAAGGGUAAAGUUCCAUUCUGAUAUCAAAAUGCAGUAUUCACACCACUGUGAGCAUCUUCUAGAGAGACUGAACAAACAACGGGAAGCAGGAUUUCUUUGUGACUGUACCAUAGUGAUUGGAGAAUUCCAGUUUAAGGCUCACAGGAAUGUACUUGCCUCCUUUAGUGAGUAUUUUGGUGCGAUCUACAGAAGCACUUCUGAGAACAAUGUUUUUCUUGACCAGAGUCAGGUGAAGGCUGAUGGAUUUCAGAAACUGUUGGAGUUUAUAUAUACAGGAACUUUAAAUCUUGACAGUUGGAAUGUUAAAGAAAUUCAUCAGGCUGCUGACUAUCUCAAAGUAGAAGAGGUAGUGACUAAAUGUAAAAUAAAGAUGGAAGAUUUUGCUUUUAUUGCUAGUCCCUCUUCUACAGAAAUAUCUAGUAUUACUGGAAACAUCGAAUUGAAUCAACAGACCUGUCUUCUUACUCUUCGAGAUUAUAACAAUCGGGAGAAGUCAGACGUGUCCACAGACUUAGUUCAGGCAAAUCCUAAACAACGAGCAUUGGCAAAGAAAUCGUCUCAAAGUAAAAAGAAGAAAAAGGCUUUCAAUUCCCAGAAGCCAGGGCAGAAUAAAUCAGUGCAGUAUCCCAGUGAUGCUUUAGAGAGUACAUCUGUUGAAUUAUUCCUAGAUACAAAUAAGUUGUCCCCACCUGUAGUGGAACAAGUCAUCCAAGGAAAUGAUAAUUCAGAACUUGAGUUGACCUCAGUUGCGGAAAAUACUUUUCCAGCACAAGAUAUUGUGCAAACUGUUACAGUCAAACGGAAACGUGGAAAGUCCCAGUCACACUGUGCUCUGAAAGAACACUCCAUGUCUAAUAUAGCCAGUGUAAAGAGUCCCUAUGAACUGGAGACUGUUGGGGAAGAGCUGGAUCCAAGGUAUUCAAAGGCCAAGCCAAUGUGUAACACAUGUGGGAAGGUGUUUUCAGAAGCCAGCAGCUUGAGAAGGCACAUGAGAAUACAUAAAGGAGUCAAGCCCUAUGUCUGUCACUUGUGUGGAAAGGCUUUUACCCAGUGUAACCAGCUGAAAACACAUGUAAGAACCCAUACAGGGGAAAGGCCAUACAAAUGUGAACUGUGUGAUAAAGGAUUUGCUCAAAAAUGCCAGCUGGUCUUCCACAGUCGCAUGCAUCAUGGUGAGGAAAAACCCUAUAAAUGUGAUGUGUGCAAUUUACAGUUUGCAACUUCUAGCAAUCUCAAGAUUCAUGCAAGGAAACACAGUGGAGAGAAGCCAUAUGUUUGUGAUAGAUGUGGGCAGAGAUUUGCCCAAGCCAGCACACUGACAUAUCAUGUCCGUAGGCAUACUGGAGAAAAGCCUUAUGUGUGUGACACCUGUGGAAAGGCCUUUGCUGUCUCUAGUUCCCUUAUCACUCAUUCUCGGAAACAUACAGGAGAACGACCAUUUAUCUGUGAAUUGUGUGGAAAUUCUUACACAGACAUUAAAAAUUUGAAGAAGCAUAAAACAAAGGUGCAUUCUGGUACAGAUAAAACUCCAGACUGCAGUGUAGAUGACCAUGCUUUAAGUGAACAAGACCCCACACAAAGAAGUCCUUUGUCAGAAACUCUAGACGUGAAGCCUUCUGACAUGACUCUACCCUUAGCGCUUCCACUUGGAACUGAAGAGCAUAUGCUUCUGCCUGUCACGGAGAACCAGUCUCCCACGUCAGACACACUAUUGCGGUCAGCUGUGAAUGGAUAUUCAGAACCACAGUUGAUUUUUUUACAACAGUUAUAUUGACUUUGAGGACAUGGAAUUGAUAAGACAUCCCUGGUAGUAAACAUAAACAUCCCUGGUAAGAUGCAUAUUCAUAUUAAUCCCCAUUCAUCUGGGCUGUGCGACCAUUAUUUUUCAUUCAUGGAAGUCAAAGCACCUAACCUGCUUCCAUCAGUGCUCGUUGUGAUUUUGGCUAUCAUUGUAAACAGCCUUUCAAGGAGUGACUUCCACUAUGGCAGCACUGUUUUGGGAGGGUAAGUUUCAGACACUGUUAAAGCUGCCUUAAUUCCAUUUUUAUUUUGCAUUUUAGACUUCUUUGUUCCUAAGGUAAAAUCUGACCUGUGGAUUUUUUUUUAUUGUUGUUCUCUCCUAACUGCGAAAUCUACAGUAAUAUUAACUUCAAAGUGUUUCUGUUUGUAAACCCUGUGGAGCAGUAUGUAAACUGUUGGGGGGGGUUAAAUUUCAUAUUUAUUCCUAUGAAAAUUUAGAUACUAAGGAUGAAUUGUGCUAUUUAUUAAUAUAUUCCUUUAGAGGUAACUUUUCUAAUGAAGCCAAAAGAAGUAUUUCUCUUAAAACUCAGAAAAAAAUUUAUGUAAAUUUUUGUUCAUUUAGAAUGAACUCAGUAUUCUGGAGAAAACCAAUAGUCAAAUCAAUUUCUGUUUUCAGUUGAGACUAUAUUUUUUUAAAUAGAUAUUUGGUGUUUUUAAGUGGUCAAAAGACAGUUUUGAAAUUUGAUUCAUUUUAUAUUUUAUUAGAUUUGUAGAUUAUUGGAAGUGAAAUAUAACAAGUUUAAAAAUUUUUGAUAAGCCUAUCUUUUAUCAGUUAUGCACUUUUUAAAAUAAAUGUUCUAAAAAGAAUUUUCUAGAUAUAAAAUACAUACUAGAAAUCGCUUGGCUUCUGAAUUUGAUAUAUUCCAUAGAAAAAUCAAGAAACUUGAGUAGCUUGCCUAAAGCAAAACACACACAAAUAGAAUUACUAUUCUAACUUUUAAUUGUAAGCUACACUUUUUGAUUAUCAAUUUAUUUACCAUUUUAUAUUUGAGUUUUCUAUAAGUGUAGGUUUUUAAAUUUUAUAAAUUAAACUACAACUUUUGGUUGUUGGCUAUAGGUUCAUAGUAGAUCUUUCCAUUCUAGGUAGACAUAGAGAAUUCAGUGUCACUCCAUCCUAAAUGCUUGCUGCCAUUUUUUUUCCAUCUCACUAUUCCCAAAUAUUAAUUUAUUUCACUGCCUUCCUUUUACAUUUUAAAUUAUCAGUUUCAGAGAGUCAGUUCCCAUAGUACUGAUAAAAGUCAUAGUGACUAUUUCCUAUUUAUGCCAUGAAUAUGUUAUGUUUGUUUGUUUUUAUAAUUUAAACUACACUGAGAUAAAUUCAGUGUGUUUACUGAUACUGAAUUCUUUAUAGUCAUAAUUCCUUGUUUGGGUCCAAGUCUCAGAAAUUAGAAGACAUAAUAAGAACACUCAAUUCUUACAGACUGAAGUAGUGACACCAUUUCUUAGAGCACAUAGCAUUUUCACAAUAAAUUACCACCAGUGAAACUGUUAACUGGAAAGAUUAUGAAAUACCACCUUGUAUAAUAAAUUUAUUAUUUAGCUAAGAAAUGUGUGUAUGUUAUACUGAGUUUGAAUAAAAUUUGUAAGGUUAUAAAAUGUUCAACUAAUCUAUUCUGGUUUAAGAUCAAUAAAAAUUUACUGGAAUGUAACAAAAUGAAGGAAAAUUAAGAGCCAACCCUUUUUAAUAAGUUUGCCAGAGUGAAGAGAUUAUGUUUAAUUUACAUCUUUAUUAAUCCAAGCAUCUAAUUGUAGUUGGCUUUUUCUUUGGGCCUCCAACCUCCAGCUCCCAAAUAAAGACAGUGAGACUUA